GGCCAAUUGAUGCAGAAUUUCGCCAAGACCAGAAGCCAACGACUGCAUUGCACUUCAUGUGGACAGCCCUAGUAGACACCAAAUGAUUUGAGCAAGCCGAGUUCCUGGUCUCGACGGGCGACUGUCCACGUCACCACAUCCAUGUCUCACAGCCGCCAUCGCACCAAAACCCCCACCGCUUCUCGUCCGCCCGCUGCUCGUUCCGGAGCCGAAUUGGUGGGCAUUACGACGACCUCGGCGCGGCUUCAAUCCCAUGAACCCCCCCGCGCGCGGCCCGGGCUCCGGCUCAGGGCUCGUUGAUACCCCAGCGACGCCUGCCAUCGUCGGGCCGAAGGGACAUAACGGCGUGGUUGACGCCGGGUUGAAGAGUCUGCAUCACUACAAGCGAGCGCUUCCGAAAUGGCGAUACGACUUGCGACAGAGGCUCCUGCCCAUGGUGCGGUGGGAGACCCCGUAUCUGGCCUAUCUCCAGAGCAUGAUGCGCACCCCCGCCCUCGACAGCUACUUCGCCAUCACGGCCAACCUCGGCACACACACAUUUUUCAUGGUUUUCCUGCCAAUACUCUUCUGGUGCGGCUUCUCGGAGUUUGGGAAGGGGCUCGUCCACAUCCUCGCUUCGGGCGUGUUCUUCACGGGCUUCAUUAAGGACAUGGUCUCCCUCCCUCGGCCCCUUUCCCCGCCUCUCCAGCGCAUCACCAUGUCGGGCUCGGCCGCCCUCGAAUACGGCUUUCCCUCCACACAUUCGGCCAACGCAGUUUCCGUCGCCGUCUACGCGGUCCUCAUGCUGCACCGCGAGACCCCCAACCCCACCUUCUCCCCAAGCACUGCACUCGCCCUGGAAGUCCUCGCCUACUCCUACGCCCUCUCCAUCGUCAUAGGCCGCCUGUACUGCGGCAUGCACGGCUUCGUCGACGUAUUGGUCGGCUCGCUCAUGGGCGCCGCCAUCUCCCUCGUCGAGUUCUAUUUCGCCCCGCGCCUCAACGCUUGGCUCUACGCCAGCUCCUACCUCGCCCCCCUGGCCAUCGCUCUCGUCAUCAUCGUCCUCGUGCGCGUCCACCCGGAGCCCGCAGACGACUGCCCCUGCUUCGACGACAGCGUCGCCUUCGCGGGCGUCAUGAUCGGCGUCGAGGCCGGCACCUGGCGCUUCGCGCGCUACUCCCGCUUCGCGGCCAUUUACAACGGUCCCCAAGCCACGUUCGACCUGUCCCGCCUAGGCUGGCCGCGCGCCGUCGCCCGCCUCGUCUUCGGCGUGGCCGUGAUUUUCGCCUGGCGUGAGGUGAUGAAACCCGCCCUGCUCCGCGUCCUGCCGCACCUCUACCGCGUCAUCGAGACGCACGGGUUGUCGCUCCCCAGGCGGUUUUUCGUGCCCGCGUCAGAGUACAAAGACGUGCCGCUGCAUGUGAGGGACGACAAUGUCCUGCCUAACGUGAGCGACCUGCCCCGGAUUGUGCGGAGUUUCCGCGGGCCUGGGAGAGGAAGAUCGGUCAGUAUCGGCCCGCAGAGCGCGGCGGAUGCGUACGAGACGCUGGCGUAUCGCGAGCGGAGGAGGAGGGAGAGUCUGGAGAGUGAGAAUGGCGGGAGGGGUUUGAAAGUGGCUUUGAGCAUGAAUGGGUUGAGGGAAAAGGCUGUUGUCGAUGGUGAGUGCGUGCAGGUUUCGGGAGCGCAGCGGAGCGCGGGACGGCUGGCGGAAUUUGAGGGGAUGAUGGAGACCGGGACGGUCGUGGCUGCUCCAACACCCGAUGCGCCCGCGAAGGAUAGUCUCGCGGGGGUCGAUCUGUUUCUCGGCGAGGAGGAUGAGCUUGGGGAGGGGGAGGUGUUCUCCAAGCUGGUGAAGCCCAGGGUGCGAUAUGAUGUAGAGGUGGUGACUAAGUUGGUUGUCUAUGCUGGCAUUGCGUGGUUAGCCGUGGACGGCAAUCUUCUCAUGUUUGAAGCGAUCGGCUUGGGCGCGGAGCAUCUAAGCAUACGAUGAUCAAGGCGGUCUUUAUUUGCUGUGUAUACGACCCGUAUAUUUAAUUCCUGAUGUCUGGCGCCGGCUUGCCACCAAUCUACCUCGCUAUUGAUGACUCUUUCUGUGUGGGUUGCUAGAGAUUGGCAGAAGAGUGUUGUGUGGGUUCUUGUAACGACUAGGAG